GGCGUCGAAACCCUAAUGCAUUUCAUUUUUCAGACGAUUGUCGUUUUAUUAGUUUGUUAAAUUAGAACAUAUUUCAUUAUUUACUUCAAUUUUAACUCAAUAUGUGGCACGAAGCAAGAAAACAAGAGCGAAUGAUUCGCGGCAUGAUAGUUGAUUAUCGACGGCGAGCCGAGCGACGCAAAGAUUUUUAUGAAAAGAUCAAAGCGGAACCAACUCAGUUUCUACAACUUCACGGAAGACAAUGUAAAAUACACUUAGACCCUGCUGUUGCUGCAGCAGGCGAAGGUCCAGCUAUUAUGAUGCCUUGGCAGGGUGACAUAAACAAUAUGAUAGAUAGGUUUGAUGUUCGUGCACAUUUGGACAUUAUCCCAGAUGUGAAAGCCCCUGAUGUACCACCUGAAGAACUUAACCAGGAAGAGCGACAAUGCAACUAUGAAAGAUACAGGAUCUUGGCUCAAAAUGCUUUUUUAGGAAUAAGUGAGGAUAAGUUUCUCCAGCAAUUGGCAAUUGAAGAGCAGUUUGGAGUGACUAUUGAAGAAAAGGAACUGCAAAAGGAGAAGUUAAGUGAAAAGAAGGGAACGGGUGCUGCUAUAGGAUACGUUUAUACUGAUCCAGGGGCACAAACCUCCAGCUUUAACGGCCCAGAUGUAAAGAAAGCGGAAGUAAAAGAAUCUGAUGAUGAUUCAGAUUUAGAAAUCAUUGAUGUGGAUCUUAGCAUUGAUGUCAACAAAAUGGAAGCUUCACAGGCUCACGAGUUGAAUGCAGUUGGACCUCAUUAUGGUAUGGCGGGCUGUGAUCUAUUCUCGUUCCUGACUGGAGAUGCUGAUGAUGCAGAGCACCAAAAGCAAUUAUUGCGAGAGGAAAAGGAAAAGGCGAUGUUUUCUGGACGGAAGAGCAGGAGAGAACGCCGUGCUCAUAGGGACAAGAAGCUGGCGACGCGCGUGGUGAGCCCGCCGAGCUACGCCGCGCCGUCCGCCUUCGCCGCCGCCAGCCGCUCGCCCUCGCGCUCGCCGUCGCGCACGCCCUCGCCCGACCACGCCACCAUCGAGUUCAUCACCUCCUUCGGGCCCGAUGACGACGACAAGCCGCCACAUAACUCCAAACCUUUAUAUGCUGACAAAUUGAAACAAAACUUGAAAAAGCCGGAUAUGCUGUAUUCAGAGGCCGUCCGAAAAUUGAAGCCUCGAUCUCGAUCAACAGAAGGGAUGCGUUCUCAAAUCGGUCCUCGAGGGCCGAAUUCGAGGUCAAGGUCACGAUCCUGUUCCCGUUCCCGCUCGAGGUCGAGGUCCCGUUCGUUCCGGAAAUCGAGGUCACGCUCUAAAUCGUCUAGGUCGCGAUCUAAAUCCUUCAACUCGUACAAAAGGACGAGGUCGAGGUCGCGUUCCAAGUCGAAGAACUUUAGAGCGAAACUUUCUAGGAGUCCUAUAAAUAAUGCUAGUGGGUUUGCUAACCGUAAUAGAUCCAGGUCGAUGUCGUAUGAAAGUAAUGAGAGGAAUACGGUUCAGAACAAGCCCGUGCCUCGUUACUACGGGCGGCGUAAAGAAGAUAAAUCGUCUAGUGAAUUAUCCUUGGAUUCAGAUUCCAGCGAGUCGCAGGACGACGACAAAAAUAAAUCGGCGGUUGGCAAUAAAUCAAACGCAAACCCGAAUCAGUUACGAUUAACUGGAUCCAGCUCCAAAGGUCCGUCGCGUGAAACUCUGACAAUGAAAGAGAGGUUGAAGAGGAAAAUGCAGGCUCAGUUGUCGCGGCAGUUGCGAGCAGACAAGCGCGCCGAGGCAGAGCGUGUGGAGCGCGAGUGUCGGCGACAGGCGCGGCGAGACGAGGAGAUGCGGGAGCUCGCCAUCAAGCUGCGCCGCAAACAACGUGAAAUGAGACACCAACGGUAUCGUCGCUCUAGUGAUGACGACUCGGACAGAAGUGCAAGUGGUUCGUCUUCGAGACAAUCCCCAAUGUCUGAAAGGAAGAGAGAUAAUAGAAGCCGUUCUAAAAGUAAUCCACCUGAAGAGAAACGUAUACCAGUAUGGGAAACUGAUAAAGAUCCUUCGCCACUGCCCUACAGGUCUAAACAGUCUGAAACGGGCGAGAGUUCUUACUAUUCCAAUUCUAGAAGACGGUAUGGAGAUAAUACUGAAGAAUAUACUAGAGACGAUAGAAGAAAUGAUGAUAGAGAGCCAAAUUAUUAUCAAAAUAGACAUGAUAGAUACCAGAAUAGUGAAUAUGGACGUAAUUACGAAAAUCAUGAAAAUUAUAAUCGUCAUGACAACUAUGAGUCUAGAUUUGAACAUGAUAGGCACCAAGGACCGAGUUGGAGACGUCCUUAUUCCCAAGGAGGGGGAAAUAGAACUCGAAGUGUUAGGAAUUCUGAACAUAGUUACGGUGGUGGUCCGUCGAGCCGCCACCGUGACGAAGAGAGUGAAGGUUCUAGCAAUAACAGAGGCAAAGUAAAACUCGUAGAUUAUUAAAAUUAAACGCCAAAUGUAUGGUUGUUUUAUAUUAAUUAGAUAAGUAUAUAAUAAAACAUU